AUGGGAAAGCCGAGAACCAGUGCCAGCAGUUGGAAGUGGGAAUCCGGUGAGACUGUGAACCUGCUAAAUUGGGAUAGUAAUGAACCAAAUCAGGAAGACAGUAUGUUCGCAGGAGUGUAUAUGACGACUCAGGCAUCCUAUGUACCUGGUAAAUGGCACGACCUUGAGAAUAACCAGCGAAUAGGGUUAUAUACUGGUAGUCUUGGAUAUGGAUAUAUUUGUGAAAAAUUAACGUUACCAACUACACAGGUAUCAACAACUGUUGUUGGAACAUCAAUGCAGUCGCUUACCAGUACUAUAAAGUUGAGUACCACUCGUAGGCCUACAUCAAGUUCAUCCACCGUAAUUGAUCGAACCAAAGAGCGAUCUAGUAUCAGUGAUGAAACAAUUACAUCUAAUACAGAAGCAAGGACCUACUACAAUACAACCAAAAAAACAACUGGAACCAGUGAUGAACCAAGAACGGAGGCUAACACAGGAGCAACCACAAAAUUAUUUACAACUGCUAGUGGAACAUCAUCACAGUCUUUAACCAGUGGUGUACAAAGCACAUCAAUAUCUACCACGGUAAGAGAAUCUACAGAAAGAACUGCUAACAAUGAUGAACCAAGUACAAAGGCUGCUAAAGGUACAGCGACAUUAUUAUCCACGACUGUUGAUGAAACAAUACAGUUAACCAGUGGUAGGUCUAUGCAGCCGAGUAAUAACACACCUGCAUUACCAACGACGGUAACUGAUGAAACCAAAGAAGGAACUGGUACCAGUUAUAAACCAAGUAUGAAGACUACCACAGAUAAAGCAACAACACAAUUAUCCACGACUGCUAGUGGAAGUGGAAUAUCAAUGCAGCCAUUUUCUAGUGGUAUUCAGUCGAGUUCCACUUACCGUAUACCUAAAUCAACACCAACCACUGUAAUUGGCGAAUCCACAGAGGGAAAUAAUGAAAAACAAAUCACGAAAGCUAACACAAAUAAAGGCUGGAUGACGGUUGUGUAUGUAGUUGCGUCAUUUGCUUUUGUUAUUGUAGUCUUGGUUUUAUUAUAUAGGGAUGAUGUGCUAAUGAAUUUAGAAGGUACAGGACAAGAAAAAUAUCCUGGUAAUUUUGCUAAUUCCAUCAUUAAAAAUGAAUCUACGAAUGAACCAUCAGAAAGUUCACACGAGGCGGAUACUUAUCAAGUGAUCCUGAGCACAAGUGUGCAUGACAAAGAUAAUCCAGAUGAUUAUGAAUCUGAAGAAAAUCCUACAUAUGAACGUUAUCAGGAGCAAUUGAAAUCUCCUGAUAUUGACACCCAAGUUGAGGGGGAAGUGGACAACCCGGCCUAUGAUGCUCUCCCAUUUGACUGCUCAGAAAGUUUUUACGCCUCACCAGAUGAAAUGACUGAUGUUGCUGGAUAUGGUGAUGUAUUGAAAGAGAAUGACUCCUUGGCUAAUCUGAAUUCUAAACGUGACAUGUCAAUGGAACUUAAUCCCCAAGUGGAAAGUCCUGGCAACAAUACUAUCCAAUCAGAAACAAAGAAUGAUUACGCUUCAAUAAAUAAAAUGACUGUUGUUGCUGGACCUGGUGAUGUGUUGAAAGAGACUGCUGUGCCUGUAGACGAUCAUGAUGAGGUAGCAGACUCGAACAUUGACGCUUUGUAUGCAAAACCUGACGUGUCCAUGAAACGUAACAAGCAAGUGGAAAGUCCUGGCGACAAUAAUUACGCUUCACUAGAUAAAAUGACUGAUGUUGCUGGCCCUGGUGAUGUGUUGACAGAAACUGACGCCACUGCAACGUAA